AGGUUACAGAAUCUCUGAGGGAUCUUCAUCUGCUGUCGGCCACUAGAUUCACAACAACUCUCGACUUGAGAAGAAAAAGUUAAUUGAUUCGCUCUUGGAAUUCACAAUAUCCAACUGACAGGAGACUUAAUUGAAGGCAACUCAGACAUCAGAAUAUGGAUAGAAAUUGAAAUACUUUCUGGCCAUUAAGCUUCGAAUUUUUUCCCACAAAUCAAUAUGACGAAGAUUUUGUUGUUGGUGACAUUUGUAUUUAUAUUUUUCUCACUGGUGGAAAUAGAAUCCCGAAAGAUGAUCUCCCCCUCUACAAAGGGUUCGAAAUAUUUUUCAAAACCGUCUUUAUCAAAAUUGCGUCUGAUACCUACUUCCAUAAACAAUAAAAAAAUUAACAAACUUCAGUAUGGUAAACAAAAGCCAUUCCUGAGAAAAACUUCGAUGGGAAUAUCUAGAAUGAUUCGUGAUUUGAGAUUCCCCUUCUUCACAAGCGAGCGCCCGAAGGUGAACAGGCACGUACAAAAAACUCCGCAUCGAUCUCCAUAUUCAACCGCAGAUUUUUCCAACUCUGGUUUCAGACCAGUAAUAACACCUGAAAAAAAGCCGAUGAAUCAGCAACAAUAUCGUCCUGCAUAUCCCCUCACUCAAAAUUCAGCACAGCCACAUAAUACCAGGAACCAAAUGAGCACCACCUUUCAACAAAGAAAACCAAAAAGUCCUCCUCAAAUCUCUGCAAGACCUAUUAGAACUACCAGAGGUCCUCUGAGAUUACCUGGAAAAGAUAUGAUGAAUAAUAGGCCAAGUCUAGGAAGAAUUACGAUUCCUGAGAGACGGGAAAACUUUAAACAGCAUGCGGCGGCUUCAGUGCCCGUGCCUUCUUUGCAUUUAGACCAACGUCUAAACAAGUUUCCAUCAAAUGGUAAAAAUACUGAAAGCAUUCCAAAGCAGCAAACAUCUCGAACGAGAGCUCGAGUUAUUGACGUAUACCAUCAUAUCCCAAUAUCUGACAACCCUCUACAAACCCCACAGUUAGGCAUGCAAAAUCCCCCAGAAAUUGAAACUCUCUUAAAAGAAAUGGAAGUACCACCUUCCUCAUUUCCUUCCUUGAGUAAACCUGAAAAAAUAGCCGGUUUGAGAGAUUUUGUUCCUAAAAUGCUACCCGAAUUAGACUUUUUAGAUACUGAACUUUUGAAAACUCAUUUAAUUGAACAAGCACCUCCAAAUGCGAAUGUCUACACACGGCAACCAAUAAACUUACCACUUCGUACUAGUACUGUUUUACCAUUUCAAGUAAAACCUGAUUAUCAGUCUACCAGUGAUAGAGAAAAUUUAUAUGUUCCCGAACCGCUUCACGAAGAAAAAAGCGAAACUCAAUCCAUUGCAAAAACUCAAAUAAAACCUAACUCACACGAUAUUGAUCUUUCAGAGAGCAUCGUUUCAUCAGAAAAAUUAGCACCUGUUAAUGAUAAAUUAAAAUACAUUCGUGUAUCGAACGAAACCUUGUCUGAGGGUCCAUUAACUGUGAAAAAGUAUUUUGACUUCCACCAAGAGAAUGCAGACCAGGUUCCCUUUGUUCAAAAUCAACAAUCACUUCAAAAAUUAGUACAUGGUGCAAGCAAGCCAGCCCACGAACAUGAUUUCAAAAAUCAUCGCAUGCAAGAACAUCCAGUUAUAGAUCCUAUUUCCUCUGUUAUAAAAACUUUAAAUGAAUACAAUGAAAAAAUUACUCAAGUAAAGCCAGAACAAGAACUUUAUUACAAUCCUUCACAUCACAAUCUAAACAAUUAUAAAGAAAUGAUACAAAGUGAAUCAAUUACUCCAAGUAGUUCAGUUUUGAGCUCCGAAGUAUCAAGUAAUGACCCCGUUAAUAAAAACUCAAAAGUGACGAAAAGUGAGUUUCACGGUUUCAGAAAUCAAAAUACUCGAAUUUCAACUGAAGUUUCUGAUAGCAGAACAACUUCAAAUCCCUUUAAAAUAACUCCCGACAUUGAGAGUGAUUUUACAACAAGCGAUGCAGAGAGCAACAGCCAAUCUAACACAAAUACACAGUAUCACCAUCUGCAUUUACCGCAUGAAUGGGACCAAAAUAUGGCAUACAUUAUCUCAGACAUAUUUAGAAGAAAUUCUAGUACUCUACUAAACGAAAAUUUUACUCCGGCAACUCAAGAGAAACCUAUAACAUCCCCUGGUAUUUAUGCUCGUAAUAGAGGUCAGUUUGAAAAAUAUGAAGAUCUUUCAAAUUCUGAACUUCAAGAUCUUCACGGGGAAGAAGGUGAGUUUGAGAUCAAGCAGUAUUUUAGAGGUCCUCAACAUGUAAAUCAUAAUAACUGGACAAUAUUAGAAGAAUAUCCCAUACCUGGUUCUCGUUUAAUUACUUCAACGCUUAUACCUCCUGGUAAGCCAUGGGUAAUUACUCCACCGAUUAACCGCCCACUUGAAUUUGUUACUGAAUCCAGCAGACAAAAGGAGAGAUCAGGCUCUCACAAUAAGGUAACGAAUGCUUGGAACUUUGCUAAUAAAAUAUUUGGAAGAAGAAACCAUACUACUCGCAUGCGAAUGAUUUCAACAACUGUUACUCCUGAGCAUAAAAAGCACAAAUUUGCUUAUGCACCUCUGCAUAGAAAUGUAACAGACGGAAAGCAGAAAUCUGAAAGUAAAAACGGAGGAGUCAAACUGGUUUUUAAUUUUAGAACAGGAGCUGCUCAAAACCCAGUGGCAGAAAAUAAAUCUGAAGAUACUGAAUCUGACAACAAACCUGUUCCAAACCAGGAUAAUGUAAAAGAAAUUACGUUUAAACCCAAAUUCCAAGUUACCAUUCCUGAUAGGAAAAGGAACCAUGAAGUUCGUUUACGAAUUCCACCAAAAGCUACCGAAACCAGAAAUGUAUACUUAAAUCUUAAACCAGCUACAAAAUCAUAUUUAUCAAGCACCACACAAAAUCCACCGAGCAGUACUAAGCAAGUAAAUGACAAUAAAAGCCAUGGUAUUGGUAUAAUCUUUGAGAACAAAAGCAAAACCCUCCCGCAACAUAUUUUCAUUAAAAGCACUCAAUUGCCAAGGAUUACAACUCAGAAAGUAAAACAAUACGAACCAGCUACCGAGAAAACAAGCACAUUUACUUAUAUCAAUCCAAUUAAAACUUCAGGUUAUGAAACUGAAGCGGUAAAACAGUUUGGCAAGAUGGAAACCACAACAAUCUCUUCAACCAAAGCUGUCACUCAUAAUAACUAUGUUACUCCUGCAGAAAAUAUAACUCCACCACGUAGAAGUGAAACAGUCAAGAAACCAAUACAAAUAAUCUCUUCAACAACGCCUGAAACUGCAGACACGAACAUUGCUCAAAGCUUAAGUAAUGAACAAAUUUUAGUCGAUUCGUUAAGAUCUAUGAAAUUAAAAGUGCAAGAAAUGAUGUCUAAAGGUAUAAGACAUUUAAUGCCUCUUGUAAUGGAACUGUUUUCUGAUGUUAGUAUAUCAAGUGACUGUACAUUUUCACUACUAAGAUGGCUUCGAGGGAUUAAAUCUAUGGAACAAUGGGCCAUUAAGAUGAUUGAUGCUUCUAGUAAAAUACCUGAGGGCAUAUUAUAUGGAACAUUAUCUACAUUUGGCUCUUAUGAUGAAUGUGUUGCUAUAAAAACACCAAAAUCGAAUAUGCAAGUUUCUUACACUGGACAAUAUUGUUCAAUUAACGUAGAACCUGUUUUGCCAGAAAAUGAUCGCCGUUUCACCAUUCAAAAGGCUUUCCGGAAGUAUCCGAAGUUGAAAAAUGCUUUUCAGGAAAUUAAUAUUGAUGAAGAGACUAUGGCUUACUAUUAUAUAAUGCAUCACAGGUUGGGUUUCUGUUUACCAUCCACAUGUGACAUUGAUGAUAUUAGUAAUGUAACAGAAAGUAUUGCUAAACGUCUGAUGAUGAAAAUUUCAGUAGGGCAUUGUGAAACAUCUGAAAGACCUGGUCUCACAACAGGUCAAAUAAUUAGCAUGUUUGGAGUGAUUGUAGCAUUUGGAGUUGUGACACUAGCAACCUUUAUGGACUUUUUCAUUCAAGUUAGAUUUGAACAUGAAAUGGAUAUUGAUGAAAUUGUUCGUAAAAAAAAUAGUGUAAGGCAGUUUGCUUAUGCCUUUUCUGCAUACCGAAACUCGUGCAGGAUUUUGAAUACUUCCAUUCCGAUGAAUCAUUUGUCUUCUUUGCAUGGGAUUAAAUUCUUGAGUUUAACAUGGAUUAUGCUGGGUCAUGUGUAUUAUUGCUUAGAUUAUUUGACUUUAGCUGGGUUGCAUAAAGCCCGAGAUUUAGGAUCUAAUUUUGCUUUUCAAGUGGUGUUGAACUCAGCCUUUGCAUCUGAUUCAUUUUUCUUUUUAAGUGGUUUGCUUGUUGUGUACUCUACUUUUCAAUAUUUAGAAAGUAAUGAUGGGCAUUUCUCAAUUGUUGGCUUUUAUAUUAGAAGAUACUGCCGGUUAACCCCUGCAUUUAUUAUGAUUUCUGGAGUAAUUUUAUUGGGUCCUCUAGUCGGAAGUGGACCUAUUUGGAAUGAAACUUUGGAGCCUUUUGUUACUGGUUGUCAAAACUAUUGGUGGACAAAUAUUUUUUAUUUCUCUAAUUUUGUGCCAACUGCCAAAGCGUGUGUUCCACACGGAUGGUUUUUAUCCUGCGAUAUGCAAUUUUUCAUUAUAUCACCUAUUAUAAUUUUAGCCUUAUAUCGGCGCCCAAAAGUAGGAUUGCUAUUAAUUGGCCUCGGCAUAGUUAUAUCUAUGCUUGCAACUGGAUUUCUUACCUUCAUGUACAAUUUGCCACCAGUUUCCCUCUUUACAUUGCCACAUUCAAAUGAUAUCAAUGACUACCUGGACAAUAUGGGUUAUAAACCAUAUGCACAUUAUGCUCCUUAUUGUAUAGGAAUGGCUACAGGUUUUUUAUUAGCUAUUAAAGAAAAAAUAUCAAUAUCCAAGUGCAUUCAAAUGUUUGGAUGGGGCUUUGUAACCACUACUUGCAUGCUUGUGAUCUAUGGAACAUGGAAUUGGAAUAGUGGUAAUUUACCUGAUUGGCCUGUUUCAGUAGCUUAUGCAACUUCUUGCAGAACAGUUUGGGCAUUGGGAAUAGCUUGGUUAGUUGUAACAUGCUAUUCUGGAUGUGGAGGUGCAAUUAAUGAUGUACUUUCAUGGAAAGGAUUCAUCCCCUUGAGUAGACUUUCUUAUUUAGCAUAUCUGAUCCAUCCCUUAUUGAUGUAUGUUUAUGCUAGUUAUGUAAGAGCACCAUUUUACUUCAGUCAAUAUGUCGUGGUCUACCUAUAUUUGGGGCACAUCUGUGUGACUUUUGGUUUGGCAUUCAUCUUUUCAUUGGCAUUUGAGUUACCUUUCUUGAAUCUGGAAAAGCUUGUCACAAAACGCUUAGACCAAAACAAAAGAAAAAGAAGAGCUUCUUUCACCCAUUUCCAUUUCAACUGGCAACAUCCAGAACACCCUGAAUUAAAAGAUUCAGUUGUGCUCAUGCGCAGAAGAACUGACAGGUUUUUAACAUAAAAUACCAUUCCUACUUUCAACAGUAUAAAUUAACUGCUACUGGGUAGUAACCCACAGGUUUUCACUCAUAUUUCAUCUUCAGGAGGUUACUUCUGAGCAUUUUUUUUAAUGCUGUCAAAAUGAAAAUUCCUUGCAGAGAAAAAAUUUUAAUUUUAUUACUCAACAUCUCCAUGAAUGAGUUUAAAUGUACACUGAGCGGCAACUUAAUUAUGACUGCUGUCCCUCAAUAUCUCUGUUAUUCACAUUUUACCUGUAAUUAUAGCCUUGAAUUUUGUUGGCACAAUUGCUUUGAGAGGUUGGCAGAUUGUUUUUGGCAUCUGAGACCGAACUAGAAGAAUAGAAUUUUGCAAUCGUGUGAAGCUGGAUAGUAGAGGAUUGAGAUGAUGGAUGAUUCUUUCAAUUGUAUCUCUCAAAUGUCCAAUAGGAUAAAGAUAUGGGGAUUGUAUGACUAUAAAAAAAAGCCUCCAUAUACUGAUCUUUUAUAAUUACAGCAAUAUGGGAAAACACAUUGUCUUGUUCAAAAAAGUACCCCCCGAGAUAAGGAUCAAUCAUUAGUAUUGCAGAUUGUACUUGGUUAGUAACAAUGUUUAGAUUAUCUUUCUCUAUCUUUACUUUAUCCCACAAAUACCUAAUGGGAUAGAGAUUUUGGGAUUGUAGGAGUCAAUGCAAUAAAAAUAAAGCCUCCUUGUUCUUUAUACCUAUUUUUUAUGAUUACAGCAAUAUGGUCAGACACAUUAUCUUGUAACCCUUUGAGAUAAUGAUAAAUCAUUAGUAUUGCAGGUUGUACAUGAUUAGUAACGAUGUUUAGAUAUAUCUUCCUCUACUACCACACCACUAAAAUAAGUUUUUUAAGCAUAAUAUACUACACCAAUCGUUAGUUGUUUUCGUCUUAUGGCCCUUGUCAAUACUAGCAAGCCUAUUUUAAGGUAAGAGGGGUGCGCUUCUUUUUGUUUUUCAAUGGCGCCAUCUAUGGCCAAGAAUUUGUCUUCUGCCACAGGCGUUCGUUACAUCAUGUUUUACAGGAAGGACACAUUCAGAUUGUAAUUUUUGACCUGAACCAGAGCAUGAUCAAUUCCUAAUCCCCAGAAGUAUUGAUUUGUUACAAGAAGUUGGAGGACCUGGUGAUCCCAACAGAUUUAGCGUGCACCAGUCACCAUAUUGUACAUGGGGAAUCUUUGGCCGACAGGGAUCAAACCCACAACCUCUUGGACAUGGGCCCAACGCCAGGCAAUUCCUGCCCACACCAAUCUUUUAGCAGCAACAUUAAGAUGCAAUAGUUCAUUUGCAUGAGAGGGUCAGGCUAUUAAAUAUCAUAAUAAAGGGACGCUCAAUGUAAAGUAUUUAGAAUCUUAGUUAUCAGAGGGUUCAAGCCUUUUUCCAAAUAAUCUUUACAAAAAGUACAAUUUGUUAAUUGCCUUAAUUGUAAAAGUAUAUUACGAUGUAUUUUGAUGUAACUAGAUUUUCAAGGACUGUUUUCAAAAAUACUUUUGAAUUUAUUCAAUGGCAAGAAUGAAAAAAUAUAUGUUCAUCAUAGUAGAUUUUAUUGGAGAUUUCUAUGGUGGUAAACAUUGCAUUUAUUAUGUAUUGGUGCAAAAAUACAAAGAUAUGUUGGUAGUUAAGAAAGAUAAGGUAUUUUAAGAUUUUUAUCUACAGUAAAUGAUUUCAAUAAUUAAGAUUAUCAUAUAUUUAUUGCUUAUUUGAAAAAUAUUUCUUUGAAAAUUCUAUUACCCAUAAGAAGUUUUGAAGAUAUCAUUACAUCUAUAUAAAUACUAUGUAGUUUUUUGUUAAUUGUAUUAUAUUUAAAUAGUUUGAGACACAAAUUUUCACAUGAUCUAAGAAUUGUAAUUGUUUUUCAAUUUAUAACUACUCUUGUUUGUCUUGUUAAGAUCUGUUU